AUGAGAUUACUAUUGGCAUUCUUUAUGAUUGUCGGUCUUGCUGCCGGAUCAAGAUUGUUUGCCGAGAAACACUACCAAAAUCAAUUCACCAACUGGAUGGUCGUCCAAGAUCGUCAGUACGAUGCCUAUGAAUUCCGUACUAGAUACAGUGCCUUCAAGGACAAUCUUGAUUUCAUCCACAGAUGGAAUGCCGUCAACAAGGAAACCGAACUCGGUGCCACCGUCUUUGCCGAUUUGACCAACGAAGAGUACCGUGCCGUCUAUCUCGGUAUGAACGUCGACGCCUCCAAUUUCGCUGCUCAACCAGCCACUUUGGAUCAAGUUUACCAACCAGUUCGUUCCACUCUCGAUUGGAGAAACAACGGUGCUGUCGGUCGUGUCAAGGAUCAAGGUCAAUGUGGAUCGUGUUGGGCAUUCUCAACUACUGGUGCUGUCGAAGGUGCUCACCAAAUUGCCACUGGAAACUUUGUUUCACUCUCUGAACAACAAUUGAUGGACUGCUCACGUUCCUACGGAAAUCACGGUUGCCAAGGUGGUUUGAUGGAUAGCGCAAUGUCAUAUAUCGUAAAACAGGGUGGUAUUAACACUGAAGAAUCAUACCCAUAUGAGAUGCGUGACUCCUACACCUGCAAGUACAAUCCAGCCAACAACGGUGCCAAGCUUUCCGGUUACUCCAACAUCAAGCGUGGAUCCGAAGCUGAUUUGGCUGCCAAGUUGAACAUCGGUCCUGUGGCUAUUGCCUUGGAUGCCUCCCAUUCCUCCUUCCAACUCUACAAAUCCGGUGUCUUCUAUGACCCAGCUUGUUCAUCGACCUCGUUGUCUCACGGUGUAUUGGCUGUUGGUUACGGAACCGAAGGAUCAUCUGCCUACUGGAUCGUUAAAAAUUCCUGGGGUACCAGAUGGGGUGAUGCCGGUUACAUUUGGAUUGCUAAGGACAGAAACAAUCAUUGCGGUGUUGCAACUAUGAGUUCAAUUCCAAUUCACGUUUAA